AUGCAAGAGGGAUCACAGAAGAUGUCUCCCACGGAAUUGUCGCAGCAGCAGCAGCAGCAGCAGCAGCAAAUUCUGCAACAGCAGAAUUUAGACGAAAAACAACAGCUCAUAGACAAUAUUGGUGUGUCUCGGCGCCUGGGGAACUCUGUGCUCAACGAGUUGGAUCAUCGUGCGACGAAUUUGCUUGCAAAUUUGACUUCGUCUACGGUAUCUACGGUAUCUACGGCAUCAACUCUAACUGAUCCUGAACAGGAGCAAGAUAACGAGACCCAAAAAAACCAUGCAUCGAGGUUCGAGUCUGUGCAUGGGGAACUGAUCCAGAAUAUGGAUUCGAUAGAUACCCACUAUGCUGUGAAACGCAAUCGCCAGGGUCUAAACGUACCGGCCACACCAAAGCGUUACUCGAUUCAAGACGCCAUGACUGCCGUUCCUUUGACAAGAGAAACGGACCGGGGUGAGUUACUUUACAACAAGAGGGCUCGAGAUGCGAUGGGCAAUAUUGUGGAAAGGCUUACUACUAGCCCAGUCACAGAUAUAACGCGGAGGAUACGAAGGUUGCGUAUGAACAUGAGUACCCCAAGAGAGCAUCAUCGCGAACGCGAAAGGCAGCGCCGGAGAUCGUCCAUCAUCCGUCAGUCUUUGACUGGUGGCAGCGACAAAGAAAACCUCUUACCUAGAAAGAAGGGUUUUGCAAAUCUCUAUGGAGAAUUAAGAGCUGUGUCAAGUUCUGCAAUCACGUCCAGCAUCCAAGGCCCAGGUGGCCCUGCUUUUGCAAAGCCCACGAUUACUUCGAGACAGAAGACAGUUAAUCCACUACUCAGAAGCCAGCACGAUGCAGCAAGUAUCUUCCCCCAAAUUCGAAAGAAAGCUUCACCUUUAGCAGCAUCUUCAUCUUCAUCUUCUUUGUCCUUCCAGCAUCAUCGUCAGUCUUCACCGAUACCCACGCCCAAGCAGCAAUUUACGGUGUUCACCCAUCGGUCACCAGUUACAGGUUCUUCAUCCUCUUCUAGCGUGCCAACGUCGUCCAAAUUUCGGCCACAGUUGACGAUAAAUACCAGUCAACACUCCCCAAUUAGUCCUCAACCGUUUGUGACCAACAAUGACUCCGAUAAAACAAAACCAAAGGUAGUUGCAUCGAAAAGCGUCUUUGACAGACUCUACCAUCAGCCGACCACGGCAACUCAGCAAAAGUCUUGUACGAUUCGCAAAUCCAAGACACAGGGUGAUCUACACUACAUCAGCAAGCAAAACGAUCAGGAUGACGGCACUGGCAAUACGUUUGCAACUCCUACUAGUGCAGCAACUGCAACCAGCGCGAGCGGCACCAACAGCUACCACCACCCUACUGGCAUACCACGUUCCCGAUCAAUCACUGACUUGAAAGCCAGGCCAAAGGCCUCCCCCCGUCUUUGCAACGAACAAGCACAGGCGGUGAUUUGUCGGUGGGCAGUGGCAGUGGAUCUAACAGAAGAAGACCGUCGUGGAGAUAACUGGGCGGACGCACUAUGCAUCAUUCAAGGCCUCAAGAAACAGACAUACAUUGCAGCAUCUUAA